CGAAAAAAAGAAAAAAAAAAAGGAACUUUAAGAUCUACACUAGUCCCUUUUUGGAGAUUUAGGGUUUCUCACAUAGAACAACUCAUGCAUUGUUAAUUUCUUGGCUCCAUUCACCUUUGCUUGGCUCUAGCUCUUCUUCUUCACCUUCUUCUCUUCUUGAUUUUUCAUCAUCGAAUUUGGCGAAUGAUUUAGAAUGGACGAGUCCUUACUCUCGCUAUUGCUCCUCCGAAGAACAUCUCGCAACCUUGGCCAUCACGCAAAUGUUCUCGGUGACACUCCUUCCAACUUGUCCACCUUCGAUGACAACGAUGAUGACGAGGGAUCCCGGUCCUCCAAGAAAAGAUUCCUCAACAGAGCAAGAACAAACGCCAUGUCAUCACCAUCUCCAGAUUCACGAUCCUAAUUUCACUCAUCAACAUCUAACAAUAAAUCAUGAUUAAAGAU